AAGGCAGUAGAGAGCAACAUUUCAAAAUGCAGAGACAAGGAAGAGGAGGACCAAGAAAGCAACACAUUUAAAAAAAAUACAGAAAAAAGAGGGGGAGCAAAUUUACUGAGGAGGUGAAACCUAAAGCCAGGGGCAGAGGGAUAGUACGACAGCAGAGGCAAGUGUAAAGAUGUCAAAGGACCAGCGCUACGACACGUGAGGUGAUCACUGAGAAAUGGGUAAAAGGAUUGUGAAUCAUGAGGUUCAUCCUCCCAAAAGACGUAUCACAACAGAAGAAAAAAGUGGAAAAUGCCAGCUGGAAAAUAUCUGGAAAAAUCUAGCUACCAGGAUCGUAAUUACACUUUGUCUGACGUGCUGGUUAGGGUUACCUGCCUUGGUUUGACCAGAUCUGACUGUUGCUGAGCAGAGUGCAGCAAUCAUGCAGUGGAGACGGCGACAUUGCCGGGCACACAUUGCUGUGCUCCUCUUGCUCCUCUGUUUCAUAGGAGUACUUUGCUUCCUGCAUCACCAAAAAUUGUUAUGGGGCUGGAAUAGCAGAGGGUAUAAUUCAGUGACUUAUUCACCUGGGGUCCAAUUGCUUAAAAUAGAGGUUAACCAGAGUACCUUGCAGCCCACCUGGAAGGAGACUGGGAGCCCACAAGGAACACUGAGGUCCGAGCAGGGACCAACUGCAAGAGGGACACAAAACACGGAGUUGUACAACUACAUUAUAAAUGAGUUGCACAAGUGCCAGAACAGAGACCCUUUUCUGGUGCUGCUGAUUACUGUGGAACCCCAACAAGUGGAAGCAAGGAAUGCCAUCAGGCAGACAUGGGGGAAUGAGAGUCUAGUCCAAGAUUUGGAAUUAGUACGUCUCUUCAUGUUGGGCCUGAAAUGGGGCAAUCACGAACAAGUCCACAGUCUUCAGCGCCAAAUUCAGCAAGAAUCUCAUAGACAUCACGACAUUAUCCAACAGGAAUUCAUGGACACCUACCACAACCUUACCUUAAAGACUUUGAUGGGGAUGCAUUGGGUGGCCACACACUGCCCCAAUGCAAGAUAUGUCAUGAAGACAGACAGCGACAUGUUUGUGAAUACGGAGAACCUCAUACAAAUGCUCCUCAAGCCCAGUGUGACACCAAGACAAAACUACUUCACAGGUUACCUUAUGAAGGAUGAAGCCCCGAAACGAAACAAGGAUAGCAAAUGGUACAUGUCACCUGAGUUGUACCCCAGUGAGCGAUACCCUGUCUUUUGCUCUGGGACAGGCUAUGUGUUCUCAGGUGACAUGGCACAAAAGAUUCAUGAAGCAUCUCUGAGCAUACAGAGACUUCACCUGGAAGAUGUCUAUGUGGGAGCAAUCCCUCGGGCACAAAGCGCACUUGAGAACAGCCUACAGCUCGUCUCCCCACAGGCGCUAGUUGACAACCGAAUAGCCUCUGACAACUAG